AUGGAAGACAAAUAUAUAGAUGAGAUACCCCAGAGUCAGCCAGAUGUGGAGCCCGCGAGUGAAGCUAUACACCGAUCCUCCACAGUUUCCACUCUGCAUCACAACCAGUUCAAUGACUCUUUCUUGUCGAGGUGCCGGUCUUUCUUUCAACGACAGACUCAUAUUGGGAAAGUAGGUGUCAACCCAAUGCGGGAUAAAGAGGAUCUGGAGAUUCAUACCUGGGAUGGCCCUGAUGAUCCUGACAACCCAUUCAAUUGGAGCAACACCUACAAAUGGGUUUUGACACUUACUGUGUGCUUCAUUUCUAUUCUUACCGGGCUUCCAGCAGGCUCUUAUGGCGCUGGAAAUACAUACAUGGCCCAGCGCUUCCACGUUCAAAACGUACCUUUUCCCAACCUAGCAUGGGCAACCACGAGUUGGAAUAUGGGCGCUGCGUUUUGGCCUUUGCUAUUCGUGCCGCUAACUGAAUCUUCCGGUCGUAUGCCGGGAUACUUUGUUGCGUAUUUUAUUCUCGUUAUCUCUUUGUUUCCGUCGGCAUUCGCGCAGAACUUUGCAACGCUCGUGGUGACUCGCUUUUUCGGUGGCGGUGCGUCUUCAGUUUCUAUAAAUAUUGUUGGUGGUAGCAUCAGUGAUGUUUGGCUUGGUGAAAAAGCUAGAAGUCUGCCAAUGUCGCUAUUUGGCUUCACUAGUGUGGUGGGGAUUGCUCUCGGGCCUUUUAUCGGUUCUGCUAUCCAGGAAAUCCACAAAAGCAGCCCGUGGAGAUGGAUCUUUUACAUUCAGAUCAUCUACAACGCGGCUCUGAUACCUGUCUUUUGGUUCAUUCUCCGAGAGACCCGCGCAGAUGUCAUUUUGAAAAAGCGAGCGCAAAAGAUUCGGAAGGAAACUGGCCGUGUUGUCUAUGCUGAGGCCGAGCUCGAUACGACGAGCGUAUGGAGGCUUCUACAAGUUUCCUUCGAGCGUCCUACACGAAUGCUUUUGACUGAGCCAGUUGUCAUUUUCUUUACCCUUUGGGUAAGCUUUGCAUGGGGCAUCUUGUUCCUUUUCUUCUCAAGCGUGUCUCAGACCUUCAGUAAUAACUACGGUUGGGGAACUUUCACAACCGGCCUUGUGCAACUAGCUAUCUCAGCCGGAGCUGUAAUUGGUACCGUUGUCAACCCUCUUCAGGAUUUCUUAUAUCAACAAUCGUCAAAACGGAAUCGUGAAAGUCCAGGGCGACCGAUACCCGAAGCCCGUCUCUACACAUCCAUUCCUGGCAGUCUACUCUUCGCAGCUGGGUUAUUCUGGUACGGUUGGGGUAGCGUCGGCAAUGGGUCCAUUCACUGGAUUGUUCCCACUCUUGGAAUUGGCUGCACUGGGGUUGGAAUCUACUCCAUCUACAUGGCGGUAGUCAAUUAUUUGACGGACUCAUAUGAGAAAUAUGCGGCGUCAGCGCUUUCUGCUGCUUCGCUAGGUCGGAAUACAUUUGGCGCUUUUCUACCGCUAGCCUCUUACGAGCUUUUCGAGACAUUGGGCUACGGUUGGGCUGGGUCUCUGCUUGGGUUCGUCGGUGUCGCUCUUUCUGUUGUUCCAGUGGUAUUAGUUCUUAAGGGGCCCGAUAUCCGACGGCGCAGUCCAUUUAUGCGUGAGUCGAUAUUUUUGGACCCUGUUCAGACAGCUCAUGAUGGGCAUUCGGGCAAGACCGACACCUAG